AGCAGCAGCAGCAGCGCUGAGGGAAGGCCAAGGAAAAGGAAAAGGAGGAGGCCGCUGCCGCCGCCGCGCGCGCGCGCAGAAGGAGAGAGAGAGAGAGAGCAGUGGUGGAGCCGCCGCAAGACCGAGGCUCGAGCCCGGAACGAGAAGGGGAGGAGACACACCGCGCCAGCGCCUCAAGCCGGAGCCAAGCUGCCCAGUCACCAGCCCCUCGAGCCCAGUGCCACAAUGGCUACUGCACCUUACAAUUAUUCCUACAUCUUUAAGUACAUCAUUAUCGGGGACAUGGGUGUAGGAAAGUCCUGCUUGCUCCAUCAAUUUACGGAAAAGAAAUUUAUGGCGGAUUGUCCCCAUACAAUUGGUGUUGAGUUCGGUACAAGAAUUAUUGAAGUUAGCGGCCAAAAAAUUAAGCUUCAGAUCUGGGAUACAGCAGGACAAGAGCGAUUCAGGGCUGUCACACGGAGCUACUACAGAGGAGCGGCAGGAGCUCUUAUGGUCUACGAUAUUACUAGAAGAAGCACAUAUAACCAUCUAAGCAGCUGGCUGACAGAUGCAAGGAACCUAACUAAUCCAAAUACUGUGAUAAUCCUUAUAGGAAAUAAAGCGGAUCUGGAAGCGCAGAGGGAUGUGACGUAUGAGGAAGCCAAACAGUUUGCUGAAGAGAAUGGGUUGCUGUUUCUUGAAGCAAGUGCAAAAACAGGAGAGAAUGUGGAAGAUGCAUUCCUAGAGGCCGCCAAGAAAAUCUACCAGAACAUCCAAGAUGGGAGCCUGGAUCUGAACGCUGCGGAGUCAGGUGUACAGCACAAGCCUUCAGCUCCACAGGGCGGCCGGCUAACCAGCGAACCCCAGCCCCAGAGAGAAGGCUGUGGCUGCUAGUGACCUCAGUUCCUUGGCUCUGUUUCUGACCUUUCACCUCUGUUAGGAGCAGUGCUUUCAGCUGCUUCAGUUUCCUCUGUACAUCUUACCGGGUUUAAUUAAAACUCCUGAGGCAACAGUUUAACACAGUACUAAACUGCUAAAAAAUAAAUAAGAGAAACUUAGAUGUAAUCAGGUUAUCAAAGGCAAGUAGAGUCAUACCCUCUCUCCCUGCAUGGUAAAUCUAGGAGUCUUUACCCCCCCUUCCCCCCCUGCCAUGAUUGUCCUUGUGAAUAGGUGUCACCAAUCCAUGAUUUACAAAAACAGCACUGAUGCUGGACCUAAUGAUUUCUACUCUUUACUCUCUUUUCUCUCUGCAGGGCUUUGUCUCUUGUAAGGUUUAACUUUGUUAGCUUCAGCCUUUCCUCCCAAUCUGUAUUUGAUCCGAAUCUGUCCUUUUUUUAGUAACAAAGAAGUUUGAUUUGCUGUGGAACGAUUUCUAAGGGUAGAGUUGGGACCCUGCAUAAAGGCCCUUUUGGUGGAAGGGGUUCCCUGUUACGCAGUUUGACGGGUGAGGAGGCGCGUCGCAAGGGCGUACGUCUUCGCCCAUCUUGGCCUAGCACGUGGAAAGAGCGUGUAUCUUCUUUCUCCUCCCACCAUUUUUACCUUUUGGCCCCCCCGUUAACGUACAUAUGUAUAAAUUCUGAAGGAACCGAGCUAACACUUAAAAAAAAGUACAUUCUGUGUAUAUGAUUUUAAUGAAGAAAAACGAAACUGAUUACUGGCAUUAGAACUACAUAGAUAAUAUAUCGCGGUCUGUACAGUUCGAUCUAAUAAUGGCCACCGCACCGCUGCUUAGUAAGUGCAGUUCACUGACCAUUGGCUUAACUCUGGUGGCGGCGUUGGGAGGAGGUUUGCACUUUGGACGCAGUGCAAAAGAGUACCCUGUAGUAUCUGCUCCAUCUCUGCACUGUGGUCACAACUAUUGCCGUUUUUCUUAAUGCUCCUGGUCUUGUGCAAUUGAUGGUGUGCUAGCCUGCUUCACCCCUGCCGUCCCUCUUUUUGGUAAGAUUUCUGCAUUUAAGCCAGCUUUGUUUCCUGCCUUAUUGUAUAGGAAUGCUGGGCUCUAUUGCACAUCUUAUGUUUUUAUGGAAAUUAUCCUCAACUGGACUGUCACAAGCAUUUUACUCUAGGGAUUUUGAACUAUACGGUGGCAUUUGACACUACAGUUGAACAGGCUUAACUCCUCCUCCUCCUCCUCAGUUCUUCCUCCCUUCUGUGGUUGCAAGGAUCUUUACGAAAGAGAACUAAUUCAAAGUGAUUGUGUAUAUGCAGACCGUCUUUCUACUUGGGUUGGAGUCACAUAUGUAAACAAUCUCAACUCUGUACUGUACUCUCCAUGGCAACCAGGCCUUCCCCCCCCCCCAAAAAAAGAAAGAAAAUAAGAAAGAGAGCAACAAAUGGUUAAGGAUGAUUAGGGCAAGAUGAGCAUGUUUGAAAAUAUUGACUGCAAUGUUUCAAAUAAAGCAAAGUACAGAAAUUCCUGUAAAGACACUAAGCAAGACCAUGUUCCAAUAUGUAA